AUGGGUAUUCCACGACUGUCGCAGGAUCUCUCUCCCUAUGCGGAUCGAGUCAUCCUGGGUACUACCCCCCAAGCCUCGACGCCACCUGAUGCCACCAUUAUCAAAGACCUGAUCAUUGAUGGACCUUCACUUGUAUAUUGGGUGUAUAACAAGCUUGUGGCACAUCAGAGAUUAAACAGCAUUACGAGUGCAACCUUGCCGCCUACAUACGGUGAAAUCAAUCAGACCCUACACCACCUGCUCCAUGAUUUCCAGGCCCGUGGUGUUAAUAUUCAACAUAUUUUCUUCGACGGUGGUCUUCCCGCGUCGAAACGUCCCGUUCGCCUUGAACGUAUGGAGAAGCUCCGGCAGCAAUUGCAAGUCUACCGCAACUUCUAUCCGGAAUUUCCCCCAGCUGCUACUUUGCCUAGUCUUCGGGGCUUCGAAAAGAUCCUUUGGGAUACUCCUGUCUUGUCAACGAGGAAGAUAACUCUUCCAGCUCCACCGUUCAUGGUUGCCAGCGCGAUUGAGUCUUUGAGCACAACCGAAUGGAAGGACUAUGUUCACGUGGUUCCGGGUGAAGCUGACGCGUUCUGUGCUCUUGCUGCUCAACAGUCGACAUCUGUUGUGGCCAUCCUCACAAACGAUUUUGACCUAGUAAUACACGACCUCGGACCAAAUGGUCGGGUUGUGUUACUGCACAGCAUCGAAACCAAGCACAGAGUUCCUCAAAAAUCGUCUUACAUUUCAGCGCUGUCUUUCGAUCCGAAACUCAUGACAGCCAGAUUCAAGGUUUCAUCGUUGCUCAGUUUUGGUUUCGAGCGAUUUCUUGAUUCUGGUGCAUCCUUCUCAAUCAUUCAAGAACGCGCGAGGGAUUCAUCUAGGUUGGAGAGACUUCAGAAUGAGUACAUGAUGUUUGCGGAGCCAUUUGUCCAAAGCCCGCCAUCAGCGGCCUCCUUUUCCUAUCUCAAAAACCUCGAUCCACGAACAGCAGAGAUUGUUGGCGACCUCAGCGAUCCGCUACAUAUCUACCUAAUCCCGCUAUUGGAGGACCCCCAACGUGAUUCUUCGUGGUCUUAUGGAGCCAAAAUACGGCAAAUCGCGUAUUCUCUGCUCUUGAAAACAUCUCCUGAUGCUGUGGGCGGGUCGCUACACAUGGUCGAAUUUGCCAGAAAAGGACAAAGAAUCACGUCCGCCUCGGUUACAUGUCUGCAGCUACCUGAGGUCAUAGAGAAAAUGGCAGAACUGCUUCAGCUCCUGGAUGCCCUCAGCUCGUUCGCCGAGCAGACCCCUACAGUCUCGAACGAGAGCAGGCUUCUAGAGUGGUACAUGCCUGCCGUCUGCCUCGUCCAACAAGAGAAAUCCAGACUUGGCAAAACUCCUCCAUCAUCAGAACAUGUUUUAAAACUUCUGGGGCUGGGGCUGACGACGAAAAUUUCAACAUCAACGAGAAUAACAUGGGACGACGUCCACCUCCUUGCAAAUAUCCAAGCAGUGCUUUACUCUAUCCGAAUGCUUGCGCAAAUAACCGAGUACAUUGUCAAAAGCCACAGACUUUCAGACUCCAUUUCCACCCACGACCUUGUCCACCACGAAGAUGUCUCAAAGCUCAUAAACAACCUUCACACUAAAUUAUCAACUUUGCCUCCCGUCGAGACCUUGUUCUUAGACAUCCCACAUCUUCGUGCUCAAGUGAGCAACGCGGACCUCAAAACACAGGGCUGGGCAUUCACCUCUCUCCGUCGCCUGCUUGAUCCUGACUCAGGCGUGAAUCAAGCGGACCAUGACACGAGUGUUACCGCAACUGAAGAGCGUGACCCUGCAAGUGGAGACUGGAUUGAUACAACAGCAAAGAAGAAAAAGGAAAGGAAAAGGAAACGUCAGGGCAAUGUUGACACAGUUACAACCCGAUCUACGAAUGGGUUUGACCUGCUAUUGGAAGAACCUGGAUAG